AUCAAUGUAAUUUUUUUUAUUAUUUAGCACCUUAUUCACUGAAUUCAUUCAAUCUGAUUUUUCUGAUUCAACAAGUGUGUUAUCAUCUUGUAUUUGUGAUUUUAUAAAAAAAUUAACGAUUUUGGUUUCAAAUUUCGUAUAUUUUUCAGUGUAAAUAUUGAAUCUCAUCAAUUUUUAUAAUUGAAUAAAUCAACAAAAAAAAAAUGCAAGAAAUAGCACGUAAACGUUUUCAAACAAAAGCCUGUAUUGCUGGCGCACGAACAUUUUUAAUGUUAUUCAAUGUAAUUUUUUGGAUUGCUGGAUUUAUUCUAUUAAUGUUUGGUCUUUGGAUGCGUGUUUCUAUCGGAAAAGUAUUCGAAAUAUCACCACAAUUUAAUUUUGCUUUACCAACAAUGUUAAUCAUUUGUGGUUCGAUAAUGAUGAUUGUAUCAGUUUUGGCUUGUUUUUCUUCAUCAACCGAUAGUCCAACAUUAUUAUAUAUAUUGAGUGUCAUAUUUUUCCUAAUAUUUGGAUCAAUAUUUGCACUAUCAAUUACUGGCUAUGCAUAUCGUGAUACAUUAAAAGAACAGCUAUUAAAAUCAUUAAAUCAUACAUUGAAUGAAUAUGGUACUGGUAAUAUUAUGGAUAAAGAUCUUGAUCGAAUUCAAACACAUUUCGAUUGUUGUGGUGUUAAUACAUAUGAAGAUUGGUUAAAUAGUGAUUGGCAUCAACAGAAUAAAAAUCUAUCAUUUCCCGAUAGUUGUUGUAAAACAUUAAAACAUUGCGAUAAUAAACAAGUGGAACAGAUCUAUGCUGUUGGAUGUUAUCCAGUAAUUGUAAAUGCAUUCAAUGAAAAUCUAAGUACAUUAGGUUUGGGAACAUUUUUUAUUGCAUUAUUUCAGCUUUGUGGCGUAACAUUGGCCGUUUGUCUGGCAAAUCAUAUUAACAAAGCAAAAUAUGAAGAAAUGUAUUGAUAAUAAAAAUGGCAAGAAUUUUUAAUUGAAUGAAUUUUCUACAAACAUAAAUAUUCAAAAA